AUGACGUCAACCACACCAGCACCUCCUGCCAGCAGCAGCAAUGCUAUCGGCGACUUGACUUCGCUGGGGCCUCUGAAGCACGGCGCGCAGGUGCUCGUGGUCGGGGAUGGCAACUUUUCCUACUCGCGCGCGUUCCUGCGAGCCAACAGCGCGCGCAUCGCCGCCGGAGAGAUCAACGUCACAGUCACGUCGCUGGAUACCGAGAGCCAGUUGCUGGAGAUGUACCCGAAGUCGCGCGGCAUCCUGGACGAGCUGCACAGUGGCGGAGUUCGCGUCCGACACGGCGUGAACGCCACGAAGCUGCAGAACUACUCGUUUAAGGACGACGACAGUGAUGAUGAGAACUCGUUCAGGUUUGACCGGAUCGUGUUCAACUUCCCGCACUACGCGGCGGAUGGCGGAGUGGGCAACAAGAACAAGCGCAACAAGAUCCACCGCCACCGCCAACUGCUCGUCGACUUCUUCGCCAGCGCGAGUCAAGUGCUCGCGAGUGACGGACAGAUCUGGGUCACGCUGUGUGCUGGACAAGGAGGCACCAAGCUGGAGAUAAAGAAGCGAGCAGUCGGGGAUACGUGGCAGAUCGUUCACUGCGCUGCCACUCCGGGACUGCUGCUGCAGGACGCGCACUUUUGCCCCAAGGCGUUCUGGACGGAGGACGGCAUCACGCACGUGUUCUGCCACGAAGCUCCCAGCCGCCAGUCCUGCUUCCCCAUCGAGUGGGCGCGCGACGUGAGCUUCUGGGUCACUGACGAGCAGCUCUUCAGUGAAGAACUCUUGCACGACGUCGUCCGCGAGCACUUCCCUGCUGAGACGAUGGACGUCUCCAUUUCGCUGCUGGACGAGUAUCGCUGCGAGAAGAGCGGUCGCAAGUCGGUCACGUACCGCCUCGACAUUUCGUCUUCCAGCCUCGCACUCUCUCGCGACCGCGUCAACACCCUUGCUCAAGCCGCCUUGACGGCCAUCGAGAGCUCGUCAUUCGGCGCUUCACGCGCAACAUGA